AUGCACCGCUCCCGCUCCCGCUCCCGUGCAAAAGAGGCCCGACCGUGCGUCUCGCGAGAUGGCCCUGUGGAGGUGGCGAUCUUCAAUGCCAUGUCUGGAGGGACCAUUUGCAGUUUCCAAGCUGGGUGGUCAUGGUCUGUGCUGGAUGUGAAGCAGGAGAUCUCUAAAGUCAUUGGAGAUGCAACUUCACUACUUCCUUCAGGGAGGCAGCUCUUAUUUGAUGCGCAGAUCCUAAGAGACAAUGAUAUCCUGAAGAAUGUUUCCCACGCAGAUGCAGCAGGAGCUGAUUCCUUGCACACACUUGAGCUGAGUAUGCUUGAAGUAUCUGACGAUUUCUAUGUUCGAUACCUUGCCAAACGAACAAUUUUUGGGCGCAUGGAGAUGGAUCAUGAGUUUCAUGAGUUUGAGUUCUGCAGCAGUGGUAGAUUUCGUUUCGCACGCAACUUCCUGCAACAGGGCUUCUUUCAGGGCAAAAGACUACGGAAAGAAUGUUAUUUGUCUGCUGCGAGUCUUAAUGUCCUCAAAAGCAUUGUGUUAAAGAGUGGCAUAAUGCAGGCUGAUGAUGCGGAUUUGCCCAAAGCUGUGGAGCAAAGAGUGCUUCAUAGGAAGGGCCGCAGCACAUUCUCUCAUUCCAUCAGCAAGAAGUGGCUGCGUCGACAGAAAGAGAGCGAACUUCCGGUCAAGGACCUGGCAAAGCAAACCGAGUCCCGCAAGUACAGAAAAUCCAAAGACCGCUUCACGUUGGCGAGUGGCCGAGAGGCAUUGGACUGGGAACAUGAAAAUGUUGAGCCCUUCUGCUUUGACACCGACUUUGAUUCGGAGUUUGAUGACGAUUCCUUGUCGGAAGCUUCCUGGAGUUUUUCCAGGCAAUCCACCACGGGUAGUGUCUCGUCCUUGGAGACCUUGUCCGCCAGCGACCCACCGGUCGUGACGACCGCCCUUCGUUUUGUGGCGGAGCGCUGGGAGGAAGCUCAGGUGGUGGCAGACAUCGUCGCCAAGACGUACAAGCCACCGCCGAGGCAGAUCCCGCCGAAAGCGAAAGAAGCACUGGCGUCUCCACUCUCAGUGGAGGGUGAGGACUUCUUGAUUCUCGUCGACUGA